UUGAACUACGUCACAAUACCGGAAGUAAACAAACCAGGCGAGAGAUCGAGUCCAGACGCUCACGGGAUGCUGUCGCAACUCAUCCAGGUGUGAUCCUGCCCUGAGAUGCGUGAUCUCGACGGCUCUUGUUGAGGUUGUUGGGACAGUAACCCCUGCGGCGCCAUGUCGGAGGUGUUGGGACAGAGGAGCUUGCUGGGCGUCGGCGUGUUACUGGCGUGGCUCGUGCUGUUCCACCUGCUGGUCAACAUCUGGCUGCUGUGCGUGUUCACCAGCCUGCUGGUGGUGCUCGGCGGCUGGCUCGGUUCACAGGCCGCCCUGGAGUCAGACAGCGUGGUCCAUCUGGAGAGAUUUAUCACCUUGGAGCCGGUCCCACCAUCUGUGGAGGAUGAGCGUGACUUGGACCAGGAGAUCCACAACACAGUGAGGAAAAUCAUUAGGGACUUUGUCACCUCUUGGUACUCCACUGUGUCAUCUGAGAGUACUUUUGAAACUGAAGUUCAAGAGGCUAUGGUCUCUAUGGCUAUGGAACUGAAACUGCGCGCAAGACAGGUUGACCGGAAGGAGCUUACCCAAAGGAUCCUCGAUCUGUUCGGCUGCCACGUGCAGGACUACUUCAGAGCCAAGGAGCUGGUGACUGAACAGCAGACCUCACCUCUGAAUGCAAAUCGCAGCAAUGAGAGCGAGGAGUUGUGGAAGGCGUAUUCCGCUGUUACCACACCUCAUCUCGCCAUGACCAGCAACGCGGUGGAGGUCAACUUUGUCAGAGCAGUCGUAGACUUGUUGCUGCACGUUUUGGUGCCGCCGCCGCACUUGGAAACCUGCACCGGGCGUUUCGUCGUUGGAGAGCUCAUCACCUGCAACGUCCUUCUCCCCCUCAUCGAUAAACUGUCCGACCCCGACUGGUUAAACCUCCUUCUGAUUGAAAUCUUCGACUGGUCUGGCAAAACGCGAGAGGCGGUGGCGACAGACCAGCUGUCUCCGUCCCCACCACUUCCACCGCCACAUUCUGAAUCGGAGACCAGCGUGGCGCAGCAGGCACCACAGGUGCGUCAGAAGAGCAGCGAUGUUCCUCCACAGAGAGCAGAGGCUGAAUUUAGUAGUGACACAGAAAUGGCCAUGCCGGAGCUCGCUGCCUAUGACGUGGUCGACUCUGAGGAGGUGGAGUUUCCACACAACACGGAAGAAGAUGAAGCUACCGGACCCUUUUUAAGGCAUUACAUGAGAGGAAGCAAGUCAAACCCCUUUUAUCAGGAAAACGACUCUGACCUGGAUUCUCCUUUGGCCGACUACAAACUGAGCUCCACAGAUUCCUUGGUCAUGAUAGGUCAAGAGGAUGGUCUGUAUGAGAGACCCAAAGAAUGCGCCACAUCGGUUGCGAACAACAACGGGGUGGAGUUGGAGGAUGUUUCCCCCAGUCCAGUGGACGGCUCGUGCCCUAAAGUCCUGGUGAACUCAGCAGAACACCCUAAUCACAGUGGAUCGGUGAGGACAGAGGGGACCCCCGGUAUCGGCAGCCUCCAGGACCUGGAGCGAGAAGGUAGUUCCUCUGCAGUGAACCCAAACAGAGAGCUUCUCCUGAGGAUAGAACAAACUGGGAUGAUGAAUUCCAGCGACCUCACUGUAGUCAGUCCGAUGCAGGGCGGCUCCCCAGUGGCGACGUUCAGUUUCGAACCCCUCAGCAGCCCUGAAGGACCAGUCCUCAUACAGAACCUCCGCAUCACCGGCACCAUCACAGCCAAGGAACACAGAGGCACCGGGUCGCACCCCUACACACUCUACACCAUCAAAUACGAGACAGCGGUGGGUUGCGAGAACGCAGGAAGCGCCCAGCCAGGCUCCGAGGAUGCUGAAAAUCUUCAGACGAGCUAUGAGAAUCCAUCACCUGUGCAGCCCGUAGCCUAUCACAUGGUCAACAGACGCUACAGCGAAUUUCUCAAUCUACAAACACGGCUGGAAGAGAAGACAGAACUACGAAAGCUCAUCAAAGGUGUGAAAGGUCCCAAGAAAAUAUUUCCAGACAUGCCAUUUGGGAACAUGGACAGUGACAAGAUCGAGGCCAGGAAAGGACUCCUGGAAACCUUCCUAAAACAACUGUGCGCCAUCGCGGAAAUAGCCAACAGUGAGGAGAUGCAGGAGUUUCUUGCUCUCAAUACAGAUGCCAGGAUCGCUUUCGUCAAGAAGCCUUUCAUUGUGUCACGCAUAGACAAGAUUGUGGUGAACGCCAUUGUGGACACCCUGAAGACUGCGUUUCCUCGUUCAGAACCUCAGAGUCCCACAGAGGAUAAUGAGGUGGAGAUGGAUGGAGGAAAAAUGAGUGGGGACAAGAAGAGCAAGUCUCGGCUGAAGUUCUCCAGCAAGAACAUCCCCUUCAUGAAUGGCUCAGACAUAAGAGCCCCAGUUCAUUUCAGUUAUGACCAAAUUAACACAGUGUUUAAAGGGAUGUCUUUGGGAGAUUUGCAAGCCUUUAUCACUGAACAAGAGAAGCUAUCCAUCGAGGCUGACCCCGAGAGGAAGGGCAGUCCAGUUUUAAGAAGGUCCAGAGGGUGCCUGUAUGACAGCUUGACGAAAAAGCAGAUUAAGGAACACGAGUCGGAGACGGCGCUGGCUGAGGUGGCUCUGAACAUACUUUGUCUGCUGAUGAAGGAGCAGUGGAGCUGGCUGUGCACCGAAAACGUUCAGAGGACCAUCAGGCUGCUGUUUGGGACCCUUAUUAACAGAUGGCUCGAUGUGGGUGUGGCCAACUUGACAUGUACCAGGUACUGGGUGGUGUACCUGCAGGUCAUCCAGGAGGCGGUGUGGCCUGGAGGAACUCUGCCUACCGCCCCCGCGUUUGACCGCAGUCAACAGCAGAAGGACAACACCAAGCAACAAGCCUUACGCUGCCUGAUGAGACUUCUACCAGAGCUGGUCUCAGAUUUGCUGGGCUCAGACAAGUACAAACUCAGCUGGCAGACCAUACUGGACUCUUUUCAAGACCCCUACAUUAACAGACAUCUGGUCUACUCCAUAUUUGAUCUUCUCCUGGAGUUCCUGGUUCCUGAAAUACCUAACGAGGACUUCCAAAGGAGCCUUCUGCAGAGCUUCUCUAAGAACCCAGAGAAGCUGCUGGCAUGAAGAGACAACUCACAGCGACACCUGCAAAUCCCUCAUCCCAGCUCAUCUCCAGCAAACAGACAGUGAGGCUGCUCCUGUUCUACUAAUGUUCUGCAGUCAAGGUGUAAAUGAACGUUUCAGGUCAGGCUCAGUGUUCUCAGUUACCUCUGGUUGUGCCUCCGAGUCCGUGUUGAUGUAGUGAAACACAAUGCUUUUGAACAUGGUGUCCCGCGUACGCACCCACCCUUAAACCCACUGCAUUCGAUGCAGCUUUGAUUACAUGACAGCACCUGGUUUGAGUUUGAUCCCCGAACGCGUCUAAUCCAGACUCUUCCUGCCCGCUAAACUCUCCGGCUUUGCCUCAACUCACUUCAGAUGGUCUUCACACACUGUAUCUCCAUCUACCGUCGCUUGGACAACAAAAAGGAAAAAAAAAAACACACCUGCUGAUCUAACCUCGAGAAGCAGGAUUUGCCUUUUCCCCUCAACUAAACCCUCACAACACUCUGUUGGGACUUAGUAUCGGCUCAUUCUUCAAUAUCCCACCAGGCUCUAUAUAGAUCCUCACAUCUGAUUCUGGCAUAAUGUGAGCUACACUUCCUAAAUCUGAGCUUUCCUGAGGGACUGCACGUCUCUGGUGGUGACGUAACCUGUACGGUGCAGGGAAAGUGCACCGUGUAGUAAAUUUUCGGGAAGAGCUGGACUGAAGAUAUUUUACUGACUUGACACGUCAUACGGUUCCUUUAACAGGCCCCUUGGAAAAUAAACUGCACAGUUAAUAUCUGAAAAAUAUAAGAACUGGACAGGAAUCAGGUACAUGAAACGUGCAGGGAUGAUGUUGACGUUCAGAAACCUUGACCAGCCAGAUAAGCAUCAUUACGAGGAUGCCCACACUGUAUUUUUUAGAGUUAUUAGUGCCUCUACCCCAAAGACAUCAGUGAGCAACAGUCACCACCACUGUUCCCUCUUUUGAGCUUUUCCAGCUUGGAUGUUGCUAUAUAUAUAAAACGGUACAAGCUGUUGGCUGCAGCCCGUGUUUGUUUACAAGAACACUUUGUCUACAGUUACAGAGCAGUUAGCGGCGCGCUGUCGAGAGCGUUCACUCAGCUCCGAGGGUCGUGCAGGGUCGAAGACGAGUGGAAGCCGUCUUUAUGUUUGGUUUGACAGAGAACAGCGUUAAAAAAAGUCUUGUCUCACGCCAGAGACCUUACCUAGAUUUCCAUCCGAGUUUAGUGCACAUUUUAAGGUUAUUUUGAGAAACGCCGCAAAGGGCGUUUCACAUCAGUUCCAUCCAAAAUUAUGAAAAAAAAAACAUGAAGGAAAUAAGACUUUUGAUUUAAAACAACUGGAUGGAAAUGCACUUAGUCUCCAGUCACUUUAAACACGUUAUUGAAGUUCUUUUUUUUUUUUUUUUUUUUUUUUGCACUUUUGAAAGUCUGCCUUAGCAUCUCUUUGCCUUCGCGGUGGUAACGCAACAAUCUGCGCGUCUCCUCCCAGCUGGACGGAGUCAGCGAGGAGAAACUGUUCGACAAAGUACGCUGUUGCACACGAUUGCUCACAUCCCUUUUUGCACGCAUAUGCGACCCAAAUGUUUUACCACCGCAGACUGUUGCGUAACACUUUUUUAAUCUUCGGUUGGAGCGGCACAUCAAGUCACGGGCUGAAUCUUCAGUUUCACUGAAGCCAUAUGUGUUUCUGAGAAAUGUUACAAACUUUACAUUCCGGGUCCAAAGAAAGAAGUCCGGUUUUGGCGUUGUUAUCAUUCCAGUGUUCUUUUGCUCUCAUAUCCACUUAUAACUGUUCUUGUUCUUGUCAUAAAUUCCCGUCUUUCCACUGAUUUAUCAUGUUACUUAGGGUAUUUAUUAAUAGUAUUUAUUUACUUGAAAUACUUAAUAAUGACUCAGUUUGAAUUCCGUCCACUAAAAUAACGAGAGGUGUGCCAGAGCUGUUCGUCCCCUAUGAAGUGCUUUCUCCUGGAUUCUGCCUUAACUGUGUGAGGAGCUUGGUCCUGCCUAAAGAGCAGCGGCCACUGACCAUGCCUUAGUAGAACAUAAGCACCCAGCUCCAGCUCUCUGUAGUGAAACCGUUUUCUUUUUUUUUCUUACUGUGUCAAUUUUUGCUGAAUGUCGAAGCUGUUACUAGUUGUGAAAAAUGUUUUGCUUUCUCAUGUUGAUGAAGGAAUCAUGUGAAGCAGAGAAAAACAGAGCAGCGAUCCGUGAUCAGGAAUAAGAAUUCGAUUUGAUCGCACCAGGAAGUUCUUUCUUCAUGAUUUCACGAAAUCAAUAUGUCUCACUGGAACAAAUGUUUCUCCUUAAAACGUAAGAAGUUGAUAGGAAGUGACACAGCUUGAGGAGGUCACUAGCUAGUAAGUUAAAACUGUGUGAGUAAACACAUCGUGCAAGAUUAAUAGAAAUCACUGUCAGGCUGGUUCAGGUGGAACUGUGCUCCGGCUCCACAUCUGCAAAUGCAUCAGAGUAAUCUGUCAAACUGACCAAGUCUCAUUCUGAAGUUUGGGACGGAUGCAUGCUUCACUGCCACUACCUAUCAUAAAUAUGCUUUCAUCCUGAUUUAAAGCUGUUAGCAGCGCUGGCUCUACGCGCUAGGCACCGUCUACAGUUGUUAAGUUUUGUUCUUCUUCUUUGAGAUAAUAUAUUCAGCAUCUGCUCCCACACAGACAGAAAAUUAUCAACUGGAGCAGAGAACAGAGCAACAACACCACAAAAAAACUAUCCCGUCGUAGAUGCAUCCGGUGUUGGAAAGUUCCUCCCUCACAUUGUGUUCUUGUUGGCUCAUUUUACCUAAUUUCACCCAUUUAGAAAGUCUUAAACAAUCACAUAUUGCCAAACUAGUCAAUAGCCAUGUUUUAUUUUUAAGGUCACUUCCUUUAUUUAGACAUGUACAGCAACCUUUACUCAUUUACAUCAUCAGAUAUAGACGGAUAGACAACACACAAAAACUUCCUUGUCAUGGAAAGUUGUAGACACAUUUAAGUUUUUAUUGAGACACAUUGACUUUGUAUUAUACUGUAAAAAAGAAAAAAAAAGAAAAAAGAAAAAGAAGAUAUAUAUAUGGGGGGAUUUUGUUAUAAAGAAAACCCCAGAAUCAUUAUGUUCUAGCAUUAAGCUGCUUCACGGAUCCACUUUAAUCAGCUGCUGAUGUUCAAUGUUCCACUCUUUCGUGUAAAAGUGCACUGUACUACUCGUCUUGGAAGCUUUAUAUAUUUCUGCCAAAUGAUGUGAAGAACAGCGACGGCCCCCUGUCCCCCUUCAGCUGUCAUCCUGUGGCAUCUUUCCUCUCCCCUUCCACAGGCCUGUCUCUGGAACGUGACUUCUGAACAUGUGAUUGUGUUGUGCUCGUCUUUUAAAACUUUUGCUGGUCGUUCCUGAGAAUGUUUGCAAAAAAAAAAGAAAAGAAAAACAAUAAAGUUACCAAGCUCAAGUUAUUAAAUCUUCAA